UUAUUUUCUUAGCUGCAUUCAAACUGCGACGGACGUUAGAUUAGUCUGCUUCAAAUUUCCAAACCAUCUACAAUGGGCACAAAUAAGCGUCUGUUAUUAUUAUUCGGAAUUUUAUUAAUCGUCCGCCAAUCGAUUGCUGCAGAUGACAUUAGUUGCAUUCAUCCGGAAUGUGACUCUGAGGAAGGUCGAGCAACACUGUGGCCAUUCUACGAUCCGAAUUUUUAUCUACGCUGUGAAGAACGCACUUGGGAGCUGGUGCGAAGGCCCUGCAUAGACAAGCGGUUGUUCAAAUUCGUCCGACAGGAAUGUGUGGAUCCGUACGAGUGGGUAGAAACCUGUCCAGAUCCGCAUCUACCGCAGUGUCCGCGAGUAGUGUGCAAAACUAAGUAUGACCAGAGAAAGCUUUGGCCCUAUGAAGAUCCAAGCUACUUUCUGCAGUGCGUUCCAGGACCCAUGGGAGGCAUGGAAGCAGUGCGGAGAGAUUGUGAUCCGGAAACACUGUUUAGUUGGACUCUGCAACAGUGCGUCGAAAUCGAACAGUGGGAACGAGACUGUACCUUUGAAGAGGUGAGCACACCUGGGACAACGGAGGGUGGAGAAACGGAAACUACAGCGGAAACUGACAGUACUACAAUAGAUAAUGAGACUACUGAUACGGAGCCUGAUACAACCGAUAGUACGGAUGAAACCACCACAACUGAAACUACUGAAGAAAUUACAACGACGGAAUCAGAAACAGAUACAACCGAAACUACGGAAGAAAUUACGGACUCAACACCGUCAGUAACAACGCCCUCCAGUAGCACAACCGAACCGACCAGGGGGAUCUGUCCCGUUCCGGUUUGUCGGGUCCAAGAUCCACACCUAUAUCCACACACCGACUGGACGUUGUACUACCAGUGCGUUCCCGAUCCGAACGGAUUCUGGGUACCAGCUGAACGACCGUGCGGUGCCGGAACCUACUUCCAUGCCGGACGACAAAUGUGUCUCUUUCAGUCGGAUUGGGAAGAUUUUUGUCUCUAAUCAAUAAAUACUGUUAUCAAUCAUUUUA